AAAAGAUUUACUUCCUGCUUCUGUGUGAGAAAGAGUCCAUAGGAGCCUUGUGAGGAAAAGUGACAUGUCUUGGACUGUAGGACCAAUAUUCACGCAGCUGUUUUAGUUAGUCUGGAUUGCUGGACAAUGCAAAGGAGUUCCUGAAUGUGUGUUCCUCUUUUCCUUAUGGUCUUCUGGCAGAGAAAGUGAGAAGGAAGAAAAGGGAGGAUCCAUGUCUCUCUGUUCAGACUUGUUUGGGAAUUUGAGCAGGGAGGAGGGGAAGGAACCCUGAGAGAAGGGAACGUAAAGGAAAAACUUCUGUCAGUAAACAUUUGGAGGUUGUUUUUGAAACGAAAAAGAGCUAAGAAAAACACAGGUCAAUCAAGAUUAUAAGUAAAACAUUUAUCUCAUUUGCGACACUGAUCCACUCAGUGAGCACGCGCAGGUAUGUGGAACAUUUUUGUGUUGUGCAAUUGCUGUUAGUACUUCUGCGAGUGAGGAAGAGCGGGAGAAGGAGAAAGCUGUCUUCCCCAAAGACACUGCUCAGGUUGUCUAAAUUAUGUUGCCAUGGGAACCAAACGCACAAAUCGGACCAUCGAGGAUUCUUUACAACUGCCACGCAGCCCAGCUAUUCCCGAAAGUGGCAAUCAAUCAAAUGAGUGGAUAAGUCGUGAGGCCAGACCUCAAGCUGGUCCAAAAAUCCAAGUUGUACAAGAGAGGGGAGGGGAUGAGUGGAGAGCUAGAGAGAUGGACAGAGCAAGGGCCAGACCAAGAGCAGUAAGGAGGGAUGUAGAGCAAGAUCAGAGAGAAAGUGAGAGAUAUUCUCAAUUCAAAGAGAGAGCAGAUGAGAUGGACUUGAGAGACAGAGACAGAAGGAGAGAGGACAUUAGAUAUACAAAUGGAAAUGCUGUCUCUAUACAACAACAUUUAAAGUACAGAGAAAGAGAGAAGGGAGACACUUUCCCUAGGACUAUGAGACCAAAUAAUGAAAGAGAAAGAAGGCCAAGACAGUCUGUUGAUCAGAGCAAUGAGAAAUUGAUGGAUAGAGGUAUUGGGAGGUUGAGGGAAAUAGACAUGGUUGAAAUUGAAAGAGAAAGAGAACGAGCCAAAAAGAUAGUAAAUGAUACCCAGAGGUACAAAGAAAUGGAAAGGCAUAGAGAGAAUGAGAGAAGAAGAAUGAGAGAAGAGAUGAAAAGCAACACAGGAAGAAGAUUGGAGGAACUGGAUUUAGACAGAAUAAGGUCAGACCCCGGUAAGAGGGAGAGAAGAGGAGAGAGAUACGCAGAGGUCAGUGACAGUGACCAACAGAUCUUAAGAAGGCAAGAAAGAGACAGGUAUAGAGACAGACCCAGAGACAGAGAAGAUCGGUAUUACUCUCCACAAACAAGGAGAAUUAUAGUAGGAGAUAGAGAGAUCUUUUCAGAUAGAGAGGAAAGAGAUGAAAGGAGUAGGGCAGUGCUGAAAGAGAGACACCGAUAUUCAAAGAGUGAGGGAGAUACAGAUGGGGAAAAACAGAGAGAGGUAACAAGAGAGAAGGAUCCUAUGUUGUUCAGACUUGAUGGUAGGAGUCAGGUAGAAAAAGAGAAAGAAAGAAACAGGGACAAACUGAGAGAAAAAGAGCGGCGCAGAGAGGUUGAAAGGCAAAAGGAAAGAGACAGAAGAAAGGAGAAAGAAAUAAAUCUGCAACCUACCAGGAGAGAAGUGAAUAAAGAAUGGACGGUAGACAGAUACAGAGAGAGAGACAUGAGAUUGAAACAUUGGGCCAGAGAGGAGCUAGGACCUGAUAGACAGAGGGAUAGAUUAAGGGGCACUGAAGAAAGAAGAAGACAGAAAGAAUUAAAAGAAAGAAUGAGGACAGAGCAUGUGAGAGAGAGAGCACUCAUACCUCCUGCAGAGAGUGAGAUGGAUUUGGAAUGGGCAGACAGACAGAGACAAAACUGUUAUGCGGAAGAAACAACAGGAAGAAGUAGCCAAACACAGAGGGAGACAGACAGGAAGAUUCAGGAGGAAGCCCAAAGCAGCAGAGAGUGGAUGCCAGGAAGUGAUGUAGAGAGUGACAAGCAAAGGAGAAGAAUUAAUAGCUUUGAAGAGAAAGGGAGAAAGAGCACUUCUGAGAGUGACAGAAGUGAGGAAGGACAGGAUGCAGCAUAUGGGCUAAGGAAAGAAGCGGUAAGAGAGGGCUCUGAAAAAGAGGAAACUGAGUUGAAGAGAGAAAAUGAACAAGAAAAAUCUGAGAGCAAAAAGAGACCACGCAGGAAAAUGUGGCUGGAACCUCGGUCAGAAAGAGAGAGGACAGAAUCAUUACAGGAGGAAUUUAAAGAGAGAGAGCAAGCCAGGGAGAGAUAUGCACAGAGAUACAAAGAGCCAAAUACAUCAAGAGGUAAAGAUGAAAUGCCCACAGAAAGAAAGAAUGAAGGAGAAACAAUAUUGCUGGAGGACAGCUCCUGGAAAUUAGACGCUACUACAGAGUUUAUAAAUGAUGUAGAUACUGAGAAUUUGGAAGAAGAGAUAGUAAGUGAUGAUAUGGUUUUUGAUAGUGAAGCUUCGUCAGAUGUGCCGUGGCAGACAGAGACAGAAAAUUUGGCUGAUGACGUGGAGGAAAGUGACAGAGAGGAAGAACAAGGGAGUGAUAUAUAUGGUAACUCUGAGGGAGAAGAGGGACAUGAGGAUUGGAGGGACAAAGUGAUUUCAGUAGAUGAUGAUUUUGUGAGUGUGUCCAGUGGUCCAGAAGAGGAAGAGACAGAGGAGAACAGGUUUGAGGAUUGUACAGAAUUCUGGGAUGCUGAAGAUAGAGAGGGUCUAGCUAGGCAGUCACCCACAAGCACCCAGCAAAAGGAAGGAGAGGUUGAAACCAGAAUGACCAAAGAGAGAAGUGACCAUGCAGUCACCAUCUUUUGUGUGGUUGGUCAAACUCUUCCCAGGUCAAGACCCAACCAAAACCCACUCUUGGAUUGUAUGGAGCAGGACCAGACAAGUCAGGACUCAUCUUGGGAAGUGGGUGCUGUUGGUGGUGGUCAGCAUGAAGCACCAAACAGAGACACAGAGGCAGAAAGCACAAGCACAGGCCCUGGCCUCAGUUUGUCUGAAGAGGAUAUGUCAAGCAGCCAUGACACUAGAUGUGAUAAUGCAGAAUCUGAACAAAUGACCGAGGAAGUUACCCCAUCAGAGGACCUGGAAAUUAGUGGUGAUGUAAAUGCAAAAAAAGACACUGAACCAUGCCCCACAGAAUCUACUGAGACACUGACUCAACCUGAAGAUCAUGGGAAUGCUCAAAUGAAAAAGGCAGAUGGAGAAAUCCAAGCUGAAGGACAAAAUGAAAUGGAAAGUAGCUGCCAAUUAGAAGAGGUAGAGAGUACAGAGAAUAGAAAACGCUUCUCUGCUGCUCCACAUGUCAAAUGGGCUAAGAAUGUUGUCAGUGAGAUCUUGGGUUCUACUGAGGAACCUGGAACACUUACGGUACCUGAGCCAAGCACACAGACUGAGCAGGCAAGUGAUAAAGCUCCUGCUGAGGCUGCAAGUCAGGGAGACUCACCUCUGUAUGGCGUUGUCCAGAAACCCCGCAAGCACAGCCACACAAGACAAUGCAUAGACUCUGAGACACAGUUCAAGCCAGGUAAUGCAAAGACAGACAUACUUGUAGGAAAUGAAAUUCUCUUACAGGUAGAGGGGCAAUCAGACGGGGAAGAACUGGAGGGACCCUGCACAAGUCCAGACCUGCUGAGUCUUUCUUCUGAUAAUGAGACAGAUAAGGAGGGAAGCGGUAAGAAGGAGAAGAAACAGAAAAAGAAUGUAUGGAAUAUCCUGGGCACUAACAGCUUAAGAGACUUGGGGAACGAAGUAUGGAGAAAGAAGGCUGUGAUCCGAAAGACAUUACAAAAACAUAAUGAAGAGGAGGAGGGAGAAAUAGUUAGAGACCGAAGAACCAGAGUCUUCACAACAGAUAAUGAAUAUGAUGAUCUGAGUUCCUCAUGGAAUGAAUCGGAUCUGAGGACUUUUAAAGGAACAAUUAGCAGGACAAAAAUGAGGACCUCAAAAUUUUACAAUUCCCAGUUGUAUCAGCAGUACAGUGAGGUGGUCCAGAACAGGGAGCUCAUUCAUCAGUCUCAUUCUGAUGCUAGCUCUUUUUCUGGGGACCAUGAAGUCCAUGCUCCCUCAGCACCCACAUCUCCAUCUAAUUCUCCUACUCUGGCUCGCCGACCUCUUCCACCUCUACCCCCUGUGCUCCACCCCCAUUCCAUAUCCAAUACAAAUGUUAUAUCUGGUGGAAAUGGUUUGUUAACCGUACCUAUUGACACUCACCAGAGGCCCUCAUCGCCUCGGCUGUCCAGAUCAUUCGCUUCCUCGCCUAUGCUGUGGCAAGACCUGCCCGGUGUGAGGAACAACCCUGAACUCAAACUUCUCAGUGAGGAUGAGAGACGCCUACAGGAGGUGAGAUUUGAAAUGGUGACAUCUGAGUCAUCGUAUUGUAGCAGUCUGGACAUUGUGGUGGAGCACUUUGUUAAGUGCAAACAGCUCAAUGUGAUCUUGACUUCACAAGACAAAAACUGGCUUUUUUCCAAACUGAUUGAUGUCAGAGCCAUCAGUCACAGCUUCUUCUCUCAGCUAGAGGAAAGAGUGGAAAGUGACAUAAUGCACUUUACUGUGUGUGACAUCAUCAUCAAACACUGUCCACAGUUCCGAGCAGUCUAUGUACCCUACCUCACCAACCAGUCUUACCAAGACAAGACAUAUCAAAGAUUAAUGAAUGAGAAUCCUGGAUUUCACCAGAUAGUGGACAAAUUGGAGCAAAGCCCCAAGUGCCAGAGACUUCCUUUACGUUCCUUUCUCAUCCUCCCAUUCCAGAGAAUCACUCGACUUAAACUGCUAGUACAGAAUAUCGUAAAGAGAACUGAGCCUAAGACAGUAGAUGAGGCACAAGCAAUUAAAGCCAUGAAAUUACUGGACAAGAUGAUUCAGGACAGUAACGACAGUAUAUCUCAGAUGAAGAACAUUGAAUCCCUGGUGUCCCUCAAUGCAAAGGUGGACUUUGAGUGCAAGACUCUGCCACUGAUCAGUCAGUCACGAAGACUAGUGAAAGAGGGUCAGGUAUCAGAACUGAGGAACUUCACAGUAAAGGAGAAAGAGAGAAGUGCCUAUAUACACCUUUUCAAUGACUAUUUGCUUCUCUCAUUACCCAAAGAAGGUGGUCGGUUUACAGUGAUUGAUCACGCUCCUGUGUCAGAGCUGAGGGCUGAAAACUGCAGAGUCAAGCUUCAUUCACUACAGAAGAAUGUCUUCCGCCUGCACAUGGCACAGAAAGCCCUCAUAUUACGAACAGAAACACAGGCUGAUAAACUGCGUUGGAUCUCAGCACUCUCUCACCCUCAUCCUGAAAUAGACUUCACUGCUGCACAGGACAUUCCACAGAUGCAGUGUAUCAGAGCGUUUGUAGCUCAACAGCCUGAUGAACUCAGUCUGGAGAAAGCUGAUGUCCUGCUGGUUCAUCAGGAGAACACUGACGGCUGGGUCGAGGGAACACGUCUAUCAGACAGACUUCGUGGAUGGGUUCCUGAGUCUCACUUGGAAACAAUAGUGAGUGAAAAAGUUCGUCAGCGCAACCUGAUAGACAUGCUGAAGAUUACUACAGCAACAGCCACGACAUGAGGCAUUUGCAAGCGUCUCGUUUGGAGCCACUGUAUCUACACUCAACAAUCAGAGCAGCCAAAGACUCUAAUGAGCAACCAACUAUUCAAGAGCCAUGAUAACAUCUCCCAGGACACUAUAUCAGGGAUCUCAACAUGUUCUGUUUUACACUACAUUAAGGAAUUACUGGAACCUUUAAUGUGAACUAUUACUUUGAGAACUUGGGACUCUCCAAUAACUAGUUGCCUCAACAAGAUUGUAUAGCUUUUUCUAGGCAACAUUUCUAUACCCUGGUGCUUGAGUGUUAGAGACAAAAUGUGUCUAUGGUGUCUGACACAAAGAUCAUGGGACACAGUGUAUGUGAUUCGCUUGCACAGAAAUUGGGGCAUGUUUAUAAACCAGUGUUGUAUUUAGAGUGAUGCACAUUCUUGAGGAACAAGUAUGUCAACAUCCUCUUUACACUAACCAGCACAGCAUUAAUAUGCCAAAAAAAUUCACUUUCUGCUGUACCUCAGAUGAAUGUAUUUCAGAUAUCAGCAUUUUCUGGCUAACCCUGCAAUUCUGUGUUACAUGAUAUGUAGGUACAUCAUUGGGAACAUACUUUUUAGCUCAGUGGGAGUGAUAGUUAUUACACAAAUAGGUUGUGGCAAAUGUAAAUAGCCAAUAACUAUGAUCUAUGGGAAUAUUAUUUGCAGUAUUAUCAUAUUGUGUCAAAGUCUAUGCUGUACUUAAGUAUUUCAUUGAAAAUUAAAUGGAAAUCAAAGAAAAAGGCACAAAUCAGAUAAACAGGAUUCAGUAGGAAAUCACUUUAGUGUCAUUUAUAAUCAGACAAUUCAACAGGACAUUUCUUUUGUUUCUGUUUCAGUAUGACAAAAACAGAACUGAAUACACAGUUUCUUGGCUCAUGAUGAGAUUUACCAAAAAAGAGAAACAAAUUAUUGAGUGUAUCGCUACAGACAUCAACCAUCACAGAAUAACUAGACUAUCCUUUUACAUUUUAAAAUGUCUAAUGCAGAAAUUGAUUGGUUCCUGAGGCAUAACUGAAAUGUUCAGCAGCCCCAACCCGUAAUCAAUGGUAAUAAACACCAAGGUAACAUCAGAGGUACGAAUACAAUAUUUGGUAAUGGAAAUGGCUGAAGAAUGCUGUUUCUGCAAUCUAUUGCCUGUUCCCUGAAUUAUGGGAAAUCAGAGCAGUCAUGUAUUAAUGGGUAUUAAGCUUUAAAACGAAACACACACACACACACACACACACACACACACACACACACACACACACACACACACACACACACACACACACACUAG